GUAGAAAAGGUGGCCACAAAGGCCGAGCAAGACAGUACACAAGUCCUGAAGAGAUUGAUGCCCAGCUCCAAGCAGAAAAGCAGAAGGCAAGGGAAGAAGAGGAGCAAGAAGAAGGAGGUGAAGGAGCAACAGGGGACCCCAAAAAGGAGAAGAAAUCUUUAGAUUCAGAUGAGAGUGAUGAAGAUGACGAGGACUAUCAGCAAAAGCGCAAAGGAGUGGAAGGGUUGAUAGACAUAGAGAAUCCCAAUCGUGUCAUUCAGACAACCAAAAAAGUCACUCAGCUGGACCUGGAUGGACCUAAGGAACUCUCACGACGAGAGCGAGAGGAAAUAGAGAAGCAAAAGGCAAAAGAAAGAUACAUGAAGAUGCACCUAGCUGGUAAAACAGAACAAGCGAAGGCAGAUCUCGCCCGACUAGCCAUCAUUCGGAAGCAAAGGGAAGAAGCUGCCAGAAAGAAAGAAGAGGAAAGAAAAGCAAAAGACGAAGCGGCCAUGGCAGGUAAAAGACUGCAGUCACUAUCCCUUAACAAGUAAGCCCAGGACACGCAAGAGGAGGAGACGCCAGGGAACUGUGCCUGGUGCCUGCCAGGAACUCUGUCGCAUUGCAUACCAUCGAUGUCACGUCAGGUGUAACCGUGGCAUCAAAGUCACCUUCACCUCCAAGAGACACUGACGAUGUGUUUGUCUUCAUCCUGGCACAGAUUUCCAUUUGGGGUUAGGGGCAGCUGCUCUCUUCGGUGCAGAGCUGUGCUGAACAGCAAUUCUCUGUAACAGUUUGGAAACCUGAAUGUUUUUGCUGGUUUUACGAUUAAGAACUCAUAGACAAGGGGCUGGGUGGGAGGGAAGAUGCUUCAAAUAUUAGAUGGCAAGAAAAUAGAUUAUGGGGUGGGGCAUGGGGUGGGGAACUUUGACUUGCUCGGGAAAGCCCAAAGGAUCAUGUAUCUGAGGAAUCCUUUCGGGCAAAUGGCCCAUCAAAUUUUGCUGCAGGGUGUUGCAGUAUAAUCUGGGAGCCUGACUUUAUGGACAUCUGGAGUGCCGUUCCUUCCCGGUUUCAUCCCUCCUUUCUUGCAGCCAGUCUCCCCUUUUCCCUCCUCUUCAUUUUUUUUUUUCUUCUCCUUAUUAGGGAUAGUGCCAGUUUUUAACCACAUCAUCCUUUGUUUAAAGGAAAAAAAAAAAAAACCAACAACAUUAAUUGUAUCAGACCCAGAUG